AAUAUCAUCUCUCUCGAAAUUACGGCUCCUUGUACUCAUUUUUAGGGUUUCAGAGAUCGGCAGAUUUUGACAACCACACAAACAUGACGACUCAGAUCAGCAAGAAGAGGAAGUUUGUAGCGGACGGUGUGUUCUACGCUGAAUUGAAUGAGGUUCUCACUAGAGAGCUUGCAGAGGAUGGUUACUCUGGUGUUGAGGUUAGGGUUACUCCUAUGAGGACGGAGAUUAUCAUCAGAGCCACCCGUACUCAAAAUGUUCUCGGUGAGAAGGGAAGGAGAAUUAGGGAAUUGACAUCUCUUGUUCAGAAAAGGUUCAAAUUCCCUCAAGACAGUGUUGAGCUUUAUGCUGAAAAGGUGACCAACAGAGGUCUCUGUGCCAUUGCUCAGGCUGAGUCUUUACGCUACAAGCUUCUCGGUGGUCUUGCUGUUCGUAGGGCCUGCUAUGGUGUUUUGAGGUUUGUUAUGGAGAGUGGAGCUAAGGGAUGCGAGGUCAUUGUAAGUGGAAAACUCCGUGCUGCACGUGCCAAGUCAAUGAAGUUCAUGGAUGGUUACAUGGUUUCAUCUGGUCAACCAACUAAGGAGUACAUCGACUCUGCAGUGAGACAUGUUUUGCUUAGACAGGGUGUGUUGGGAAUCAAGGUGAAGAUUAUGCUUGAUUGGGACCCUAAGGGAAUAUCUGGACCAAAGACUCCAUUGCCUGAUGUUGUGAUCAUUCAUGCUCCCAAGGAUGAAGAGACCAACUUCGCACCUGCUCAGGUUGCUGCUCCGGCUGCUCUUGUACCAGAAGCUCCUCUUACAGCAGUAGAUUACCCUGCCAUGAUUCCAGUCGCCUAGAAGAGUCCUUUACUAAUCAAUGUGAUUUUGUUGUUUUCGACUGUUCUUCCUGUUUUGACAGUUAUAGCUUCUCGUAUCUUGGAAUCAGACACGUUCCCCCAAAUCUUUUAUCGAAAGUUAUCUCAAGUUUCCAUUUUUCAAA